UGCUAGCUUGGAACAAGGCCGCUUUAGAAGACGUACGCUUUCCCUGCGGCUUGGAAUCGAGGCAGAUGGGGUGGGGCCAUCUUAUUAAAAUGGGAGACUGAGAAUAAAUACUGAGAACUAGAAAUGGCUACUGAACAAGACUUAGGUAAUCAAAACAAGCUAGCUGAGGACUUAUACGAGGCUGUAGACAAUGAUGACGUCACUAAAGUUAGGUCCCUGUUGGGACAGGGGGCAAACCCCAACCACCAGCUCUACUGGAGUGACGAGUGGGUGAGUGACGAGUGGGCGGAUAAGAGGCCUCCAUUACACUGGGCUUGCUGGAGGGGCUACCUUGAGAUUGCGAAGAAUCUUGUUACCCAUGGAGCUCGUACUGAUAAAGGUGGUGGGACGUACAACAAGACUCCACUUCACUAUGCGUGCCAGGGAGGUGAUAAGGAGAUGGUGCAGUACCUGAUCCAAGAGCUCAAAUGUAGCACUGAUGUGAGGGAUAAAUAUAACAUGACUUCUCUUCACUGGGCUUGUGUGAGAGGAAGUAAAGACGUGGUACAGUAUCUGGUGGAGGAGAGGAAGAUGGAUGUUGAUGUGAGAGAUGAUGAGGGAAAGUCCCCAAUGGACAGAGCAGUAUUAGGCGUGUAUGACAGCUGUGUGAAUGUUGCCCUCUACCUGAUGAGCCGUGGCUAUGCAUGUAGUGAUGAGGACAAAGCCAAUUUACUGUGUGGAGUAUGUUGGACUGGCAGGCUGGAUAUGGUGGAGGAACUGGUCGAACAUCACAAAGUUGACCCAGAGAAUGCAACUGACCGUGCUGGCUGGACUCCUCUUAGAAGAGCUAAAGAGAGUGGUCACUUUGUAAUCGUUGACUACUUCAAGUCUCUAUCACAACAAUCUUCUGUGAGUAACUGGAGGCAGGAGAAUGGACCACCACCAACAAAGAAACGAAAAGCUGCCCAGAAAGUGUGUCCUAGCUGUGAGGAGAGCUGUCACAUCCGCUACAAGAAAUGUCCCGAAUGUGAGCACAAGUUCCCUCACUCAAGGACAUAAUGAUAGAAUCGAAAAUAUUGUAACUAAUUAGUGGUACUGUACUUAUAAUUAUUCGUUUACCGAAUUACAUGUACAUGCGUGUAUAUAUAGUGGAUUAUUUUCGUAUGAUGGAAAUUUUCAAUUCUGAUUUAAAA